CAAAGAGAAAGAAAAAAAUUUAGAGCUUCGUCUUUUGACGUGAAAUUUCGCGACAAACGGUCGAACCGCAGAAACGAACAGCAAAGCCACUGCGCCCUUCAACAACUGGGGUGCAAUUGAGUCUCUGGACAGGAAUCACGUCUUCCUUCAAUUGUCCCUCGCAGACCGUGGCCGCAGCUGCAACAAAGAACUACCAAGGCCGCUCGCUAUAGGCAAACUGAAAGUCCGGCAAAAUGGCUCUCGUCAGGCAGGACGACGUGGACGAAGAGUACAGCAUCAAGCCCGAGCAGGUGACGCCCUCGCUCGACACCAGCAACUGGCCGCUGCUGCUCAAGAACUAUGACAAGCUCCACGUCCGCACCGGCCACUUCACCCCGAUCCCCAGCGGCAGCACGCCGCUGCGCCGCGACAUCAAGUCGUACAUCAGCUCCGGUGUCAUCAACCUGGACAAGCCCUCCAACCCAUCCAGUCACGAAGUCGUCGCAUGGAUCAAGCGUAUUUUGAGGUGUGAAAAGACUGGCCACAGUGGCACCCUCGACCCCAAGGUCACGGGCUGUCUGAUCGUAUGCGUGGACCGCGCCACGAGGCUGGUCAAGUCGCAGCAGGGCGCCGGAAAGGAGUAUGUGUGCGUUAUCCGCAUGCACGACAAGGUUCCCGGCGGCCAGCCCGAGUUCGCACGAGCCCUCGAGCACCUCACCGGUGCCCUGUUCCAGCGCCCGCCCCUGAUCUCGGCCGUCAAGCGCCAGCUGCGUAUCCGAACCGUUCACGAGAGCAAGCUCAUCGAGUUCGACAACGACCGCCAUCUUGGCGUCUUCUGGGUUAGCUGCGAGGCUGGAACCUACAUCCGUACCCUCUGCGUCCACCUUGGUCUCUUGCUUGGUGUUGGCGCUCACAUGCAGGAGCUGCGUCGUGUCAGGAGUGGUGCCAUGGACGAGACCAAGGACCUUGUCACCCUGCACGACGUCCUCGAUGCCCAGUGGCUGAUGGACAACGCCCGCGACGAGUCGUACCUGAGGAGGGUUAUCCAGCCUCUUGAGACGCUGCUCACUACCUACAAGCGCCUGGUCGUCAAGGACAGUGCCGUCAACGCCGUUUGCUACGGCGCCAAGCUGAUGUUGCCGGGUCUUCUCCGUUAUGAGACUGAUAUCGAGCUCCAUGAGGAGGUUGUUUUGAUGACCACCAAGGGCGAGGCCAUCGCUAUUGGUAUCGCCCAGAUGUCUACGGUCGAGAUCUCGUCGUGCGAUCACGGCGUUGUUGCCAAGGUAAAGCGUUGUAUUAUGGAGCGGGAUCUGUACCCGAGGCGCUGGGGUCUCGGCCCCGUGGCCGGCGAGAAGAAGAAGCUCAAGGCCGACGGCAAGCUGGACAAGUACGGCCGCCCCAAUGCCGAGACCCCGGCCAAGUGGACCUCCAAAUACACAGACUACUCAGCCUCCGCUCCCGAUGCCGCUGCCGCGGCCACGGAAAACCCCGUCAAGGCCAUCGAGCCUGCCGCCGCCGAGGCAGAGGAAUCCAAGGAGGCCGAUGCCGAUGCUGAGGAUGGCAAGAAGCGAAAAUCGAAGCAUGAGGGCGAGACCGCCGAAGAGAAGGCCGAGCGCAAGCGCAGGAAGAAGGAGAAGAAGGAGAAGAGGGCAUCCAAGGCAGCUGCCGAAGCCGAAGAGAGCGACUAAAUGGUUCUCUCAGCCCUCUUUUCAUUUAGUUCUUGUUCCUAUGGCUUUGCCGACUUUCGGUUGUAUAUCUUGCUCUCUUGUCUCCAUAUCUCCUUUUGGCGCAUAUAUGCCUGCGAAGCAUUUGUCGAAGAUGGAUGGUCAUGUUCAGAAGGGCAUAAUUUCCAGGCGGCGCUCCACACUUGUCUACUGCAAAUUUCUCCAAAAAUGGUACUUGUUUCGGCAGGAGUCAUACCGGCGUUGGGAUAGUUGCUUGUGUUUUAUGAAAUACAAUAUUUCCAUC